CCUCAAGUCCAUUGCCACUGAACUCAUGAAUGUGGUAAAAAAUAAUUAGAGGAACUGUGCAGUUUGGGAUGAAUUAACAGUUUCUGCACUUAACCUUUCUCCAUUUGUGCAGGGUAGAGAUGUCUGCCCAGAGGUUAAUUUCUAACAGAACCUCUCAGCAACCUGCAUCUAAUUCUGAUUACACCUGGGAAUAUGAGUAUUAUGAGAUUGGACCCGUCUCCUUUGAAGGACUGAAGGCUCAUAAAUAUUCCAUUGUGAUUGGAUUUUGGGUUGGUCUUGCAGUCUUUGUGAUUUUCAUGUUUUUCGUGCUGACUUUGCUGACGAAGACAGGAGCCCCUCACCAAGACAAUGCAGAGUCUUCAGAGAAGAGAUUCAGGAUGAACAGCUUUGUGUCAGACUUUGGAAGACCACUGGAGCCGGACAAAGUGUUUUCUCGCCAAGGCAAUGAGGAAUCCAGGUCUCUUUUUCACUGCUACAUCAAUGAGGUGGAGCACAUGGACAGGGCCAAAGUGUGUCACCAGACCACAGCUGUGGACAGCCAUGUCCAACUCCAGGAAACCAUCAGAGGCAGCAGGCGACCAGAGGAGGAGCUGAACAGGCUCAUGAAGUUUGACAUCCCCAACUUCGUGAACACGGACCAGAACUCCUCCUUUGGGGAGGAUGAUCUCCUGAUUUCAGAACCACCUAUUGUUCUAGAAAACAAGCCAGUUUCCCAGACCUCAUACAAAGACUUAGACUGAGACACAUGCUCUGUAAAGUGUCUUUCUGAAGAUAGGGAUUCUGUCUUUGUACUGCAAGCGAUCUCCAUCCAUCGUGUGUGUGUGUGUGUGUGUGUGUGUGUGUGUGUGUUUGUGUGUGUGAAAGAGAGACAGACAGACAGAAGACAGAGAAGAAUGACUCCUCAGAAGUGAGCUAUUAACCAGAGGUUUUGUUUUUUCCUUUUAACAUAUUUUUUUUCAUUAAAGUAUUUACACUGUCUCACUUUUGUUUUUCUUGAAAACUCUGGCCAAAUACCCUUCGUUAGCAUUCUUUAAUGAGGGUUGGCAUACCGUGCUCUAAUGGCCCUGCUAAAUGGAUUGCUAAAUGCUAUCCAUUUAGCAAGUUGCUUUACCUCUCUAGGCCAGCACUUUUUUUUUUUUUGGAGAGGUUUUUGCUAUAGGGCGCGUGCGCUCGCCAG